AUGACUGGGCCGUUGGCAAAGCGAACCGGCUUGGGACCGUUGACAUCGGUGCAUUUGGUCGAAACGAGCAAGGCUUUGCAAGAGAAGCAGCAGGCUACUCUGGCCGACUACUCGCAAUCUCCAAUCUCCAUCUCCUGGCAUGCAGACAUUGACGAUGUCCCACGCCAGACAGGUGAACGGACAUUGAUCAUUGCCAACGAGUUUUUCGACGCCCUACCUAUUCACGUCUUCGAGAAAGAGAAUGAUGGUUGGCAUGAAAUAUUCGUAGACGCAGCUCCACCGAAUGGAGUUACGCUUCAUCCUCAGCCUCAUGAUGGCCUCGCUCCUACCCAGACCCUACGCUUCGCCAAGGGUCGUCAAGUUACUCCUGUACCAUUCAUCACAUCGAACCCACGUUUCUCAUCACUCCCGCUUGGUAGUCGUAUCGAAUACUCGAGAGCAAGCGUCGGCGUCAUGAGGUCGAUCGCAGAACUCAUGGCAGAUGGAGGAUUGGGUCUAGUGAUAGAUUAUGGCGCCGAGCACGCGUUCUCGAGCUCGUUACGGGGGGUACGAAGACAUGCGAUCGUAGAGCCGUUUACUACGCCCGGUGACUGCGAUUUGACGGCAAAUGUCGACUUUGCUACACUGAGAGAUGCUAUUCGCGACAUUCCUGGAGUCCAGGUCCUCGGACCUGUAUCUCAACAGACGUUCCUACUCAAGAUGGGAUUAGAGACACGUAUUUCGGGGCUCAUGCGUUCAGCACCGAACGACGACCGAAGACGCGCGAUCCGGCAAGCUGGACUGCGCCUCAUUGACGGAAGUUCACAAGGAAUGGGGAAGACGUUUCAAGUGAUGGGCCUAAACGUCUCUUCUGACAGCCACAACGAGCUAGCUCAGGAGCAAUUCAAACUUCUAUUGGGAGCCAAUCGGGAACCGCCCCGCCUCUAUAUCCCCGUCGGAGUUUGUGGACGGGAGUUGCACAAGAUCCUGGGACCUGGCUCAAAUGCGCUGGGCCGGUGGCUUGGCCUUCGUAUUCUCAACUGCUACAUUGCCCUCAUAAUUCUCGCCAGUGUUAUCAACGGCUAUGACUCUUCUGUUCUUAAUGGUAUGAUUCACCAUGGCGUCUCGGUUCUGAAGGUCGAGCGAUCAUUCGCUUGGUUCCACAUAGGUCUUCAAAUGCUCCCCGAGUUUAAGAAACAUUUCAACUCACCCGAUGGGUCCACGCUUGGCUUCAUGAGCGCUGCGCAAAACUUUGGAGGCCUCGUUAUGCUCCCAUUUGCGCCCCACAUUAGCGAUGGGAUUGGUCGUCGCAAGGCAUUAUCCAUCGGCUGCUUUAUCGUUGUGGGGGGCGUCGUGCUCCAAGUGCUGGCUGCCAAUGUCGGCCACUUUAUCGCGUCGCGCUGCAUCAUCGGUGUAGGGAUCUGCAUGAUCGUCAACGCGGCACCUGUCUUGAUCACCGAGCUGAGCUAUCCAACCCAACGCGGUGCGCUCACAGCUCUCUUCAACACAGUCUGGUACUUUGGCUCCAUCUUUUCCGCGUGGCUUGUCGCCAAAGGCCGGGACCAAGAGGCGAUUGCUGUCUUGAAGAAUUAUCAUGCAGAAGGAAGAGAACGUGAUCCCCUCGUCUACUUUACAUAUGGACAGAUCCGGGAAGCUUUGGCCAUUGAACGCGAGAUUAACCAGACGACCACCUACUUGACGUUGUUCAAGACCCCCGGGAAUCUACGAAGAAUGCGGAUAGUUUUUGCACUUGGCUUCUUCUCUCAAUGGUCGGGUAACGGACUCGUCAGCUAUUAUCUGGACCAGGUACUUGAAAACGUCGGGGUAGCAGUGGCCAGUACACGGUCUUUGAUCAAUGGAGGCAUCCAGAUCUGGUGUUUAUUCGUCGCCGUCACCGCCGCGCUCUUGGUGGACAAAGUCGGACGUCGGCCGCUAUUCCUCAUGUCCAACGCGGGAAUGGUCGUCGUUUUUAUUUGCUGGACAAUUACAACGGCACUAUGGACGACGCAAGAGAACCGACCGGCGGCCAAUGCGAGCAUUGCAAUGAUUCCCAUCUAUUUUUUGACCUACAGCAUUGCAUAUACACCGAUGCUCAUCUCAUAUACUGUCGAAAUUCUUCCCUAUUGCAUCCGGGCUCGUGGCUUUGCAGCAAUGAAUUUGACAAUGGGCAUCGGCAUCACGACGAAUCAGUUUGUGAACCCUGUCGCGCUCAAAGCACUCAAGUGGAAGUUGUACAUCGUGUAUUGUUCCUGGCUGUUUUUCGAGUUUGUCUACAUUGUUUUGUUCCUGGUCGAGACCAAGGGCAAGACGCUCGAGGAGACGGCGGCCUUGUUCGAUGGUACAGAGGUUGUGCAGAAUAUCCACAACGUCGGGAACGAAGCUGCCCACCAGAGUCGACGUCGUCAUCAGGUGUUUGCAAGGCGAACCAAGCCAGACGAGGUGGAACUAGAGCUGUCGCGCAGGGACUCGAGACGGUCUGCGGCACUGACAAUAGGUUCCGAGGAGAAUAUGUUUGUGCCUGAGGCGGCCUCGUCAUUCUCCAAGGGAUGUAAAAAGGACAGUCCAAUCGGUGACCAUGCCCCAGCUCCCUCUGUUCCCCUCUUUCCCCCCGCACUCUCCUCUUUCAUGGAGAACAUUGCAGAAGUCGUCCAUAAAGGUCCCUGGUGGACAAAUAGAGGUAUCCGCAACCUCAACUUCUGCCUUGCGCUCGUCAUCCUUGCAAGCGCUGUAAAUGGUUACGAUUCCUCUGUUCUCAACGGCCUCCAAAUCCUUCCCGAGUUUAAGAAACACUUCAAUUCUCCGGAUGGCUCGACUCUCGGUUUCAUGAGUGCUGCUCAGAACUUUGGAGGUCUCAUCAUGCUCCCCAUCGCGCCCUAUGUCAGCGAUGGUAUUGGCCGUCGCAAAACCCUCUCCAUCGGUGCUUUUAUCAUUGCUGGUGGUGCUAUUCUGCAGGCUCUAUCCGCCAACGUCGGUCAUUUUAUUGCCUCUCGUGGUCUCAUUGGACUCGGAAUUACUCUUAUCACGAACGCCGCGCCCGUCCUGACCACAGAACUAGCGUAUCCUACACAACGUGGAUCUAUUACUGCCCUCUACAAUACCGUGUGGUAUUUUGGAUCUAUCAUCUCCGCUUGGGUGUGCUAUGCGACCCUCCGGACGUUGACUGGCUCAAUCUGGAUGUGGCGAUUACCCUGUCUCUUCCAAUCCGUCCCUGCCGUCUUCAUGGGAAUCGCUGUUCUAUUCAUCCCAGAGAGUCCAAGAUGGCUCACCGCCAAAGGCCGGGACCAAGAAGCGAUCGCCAUUCUGGCAAAGUACCACGCCAACGGUCGAGAGCGGGAUCCUUUGGUCUAUUUCACAUAUGGCCAAAUUCGUGAAGCUUUGGCCAUCGAACGCCAGAUCAAUCAGACAACGAGCUACCUGACUCUCUUCAAGUCGGCAGGUAACUUGCGCCGUAUGCGUAUCGUCCUCGCCCUUGGCUUCUUCUCCCAGUGGUCUGGCAACGGCCUUGUCAGUUACUACCUUGAUCCUGUCCUCGAAAACGUGGGCGUGUCAGUGGCUUCUACCAGAGCACUGAUCAAUGGGGGUAUUCAAAUCUGGUGCCUCUUUGUCGCAGUCACGGCUGCUAUGCUCGUGGACAAGGUCGGGCGUCGACCGCUAUUCCUCAUGUCCAACGCUGGCAUGGUCGUCGUCUUCAUCUGCUGGACAAUCACCACUGCGCUCUGGACGACUCAGGAGAACCGCCCCGCGGCAAACGCGAGCAUUGCCAUGAUCCCUAUCUACUUCCUCACGUAUAGCAUUGCCUAUACUCCCAUGCUCGUCUCGUAUACCGUCGAGAUUCUUCCGUAUAGUAUUCGUGCUCGUGGAUUCGCCAUGAUGAACUUGACGGUCGGAAUUGGCAUCACGACGAACCAAUUCGUCAACCCAAUUGCGCUCAAGGCACUUGGCUGGAAGUUGGACAUUGUCUACUGCUGCUGGCUCUUUUUCGAACUCGUCUACAUCUUCCUCUUCCUCGUCGAGACCAAAGGAAAGACACUGGAAGAGACGGCUGCAUUGUUCGAUGGCAAAGAGGUCGUACAGAACAUUGAAAACGUUGGAAAUGAAGCGGCUCACCAACGCGGCCAUCGAUACCGCCCAAUGGAAAAGACGACCAUUGUCGCCGACGGCGGCAUGGAGCUCGCAAUGUCACGCCGUGACUCAAAUACACGCACAGCCGGCUCAGAGGAGAAUGCGAUUGGAGGCGGUGGAGUUUAUGGAGCGCGCGCAGAAUCGCGCAACAGUACCAAUGCCAGCAUCACAAAGACUUUCGAGGCGUCUACACCCUCAAGUCCGGUUCCUCUCAAGUCUUGGAGAUGA